UUCUCCAUAAUAAUCUUUCCCAUCAAAUUCCUCAAUAACUUUCUCAUUUUCUUAUCUCUCCCUUGCAAAACAAGAAAAAUUCAUUAUAAUUAUGCCUUUGCAAGGACUUCACCUUUAUCUAUUCUUCUUCAUCAUCAUCAUUUUCUUUGCCAUUAUUCCUUGCUAUUAUUGUUUACAAGGAGACACCCUUAAUCAUUAUCUUCAAGAAGAAGAUGGGUAUGAUUCUGGAGCUUACCCUUCUUAUAUCAACUCCAUUGAAGAUGGCCACUUCAAGGUGAAGAUAUUUGAUGAUAAAGUUGGUAGCAUAUCAACUUCAGUUCAUAAAGUUAACGUUGAUGAUUUCAAACCUAACUUUGAUAACAAUCAUGAUGAUGAUACAGAAGCAUUUGAGAAGGCAUGGGAGGAAGCUUGUUCGUCUGAAGAAGGAGCUGUUAUUGUUGUGCCUGAGAAGAAGUAUCGUUUGAAGCCAGUUAGAUUCUCAGGUCCAUGCAAAUCCAAUAUUACAGUGCAGAUAUAUGGAAUCAUUGAAGCAUCAGAUGAUAGAUCAGACUAUGAAGAAGACGAGAGACACUGGCUAGUGUUUGAUAAAGUUGAGAAUUUGUUAGUCGAAGGUGGUGGAACCAUUGAUGGAAAUGGUAAUAUAUGGUGGCAAAAUUCAUGCAAAGUUGAUAAAGAUCUUCCUUGCAAGGACGCCCCUACGGCUCUCACUUUCUACAGAUGCCAGAAUUUGGUUGUGGACAACCUUACAAUCCAAAAUGCACAACAAAUGCAUAUUUCUUUUCAAAGAAGCAAGGAUGUUCAAGUCUCCAAUCUUAAUGUAACUUCACCUGAGCACAGCCCCAACACAGAUGGAAUUCAUGUCACUCAUACUAAUAAUAUCCAAAUUGCAAAUUCAUCUAUUGGAACAGGUGAUGAUUGUAUCUCUAUUGUGAGUGGGUCCCAAAAUGUGCAAGCCAAGAACAUAUCCUGUGGGCCAGGUCAUGGAAUAAGUAUUGGCAGCUUAGGGUCUCGCCAUUCAAAAGAUUAUGUUUCAGAAGUAACUAUUGAUGGGGCUGAGAUUUCUGGGACUACCAAUGGUGUCAGGAUCAAAACAUGGCAGGGAGGGUCAGGAAUAGCCAAGAACAUCAAGUUUCAAAACAUUGAAAUGCACAAUGUGAGCAACCCCAUUAUAAUAAAUCAGUACUAUUGUGAUCAUCAUAAACCAUGUAAAGAACAGAAAUCAGCAGUUAAAGUGAAAAAUGUGAUGUACAAGAACAUAAAGGGGACAAGUGCUACUGAAGUGGCAAUCAAAUUUGAAUGUAGCAAAGCUUAUCCAUGUCAAGAUAUUUUAUUGCAAGAUGUUGUCUUGGAAACUGAAGAAGCUUAUCAAACAGCAAAAGCUUUAUGCAAUAAUGUUAAUUUAGCUGAAUUGGGACUUGUUCUUCCUCAAUGUCCCUCACUAAGUUCUAUGUAAGAUGCAUAUUUUCAUUCAUGUUGUCAUUCUUAUUAUUAAUUAUUAGAAUGCAAUACUAUUUAAGGAUUUGUAAGCUAAAGGCUAUUUAAUGUUGAAUUUAAUGAAGAAAGAUUG